UUCAGCCCUGCUGCCUGUGUGUGGCAACCAGGGUAAGCUGGACAACUGGGGGAAAUGCGAGAUUGUGGAGAGUACCAUGUUACGCUUUUAAAGAAUCUCCAGCCACUUCGAGUCGGAAGGCAGAUUUCGGAGGCGUAUAUCUUUUUUUUUUUCCUCUCUGGGAUUAACCAGCCACAAAAGGCGCACAUUCCUCGGAGGUUCGCGACUGAGAAUAAAGUAGUUUAAUCGAGCCCGACCGCACCAAAUUCCCUCCCAACUGCUCCCCCAGUCUGGCUGGGUGCGCUCCGGAGAGACGGGGAGAGAAAGAGAGAGAGAGAGGAUGCUUGUCGAGAUCCGCGUCCACCACGCUCACAUUAGGAGGGAUUAAACGCAUGAAUUAUUGCCUGCUUCGUUUUUCUCCAGGAACCAAACUCGGGGCGGACGUUGAGUACGCGGAGAACCACCGCGUCAUUUUCCAACGCGCGGUUUUCGCGACCCCCCCCCACCCCGUCCGCCGAGACCGCCGAGGCUGUGAGCAAAUCUCAACCAUUUUGCUAAAGGACCUGUACAGUGGAGAGAUAAACAAAGGAUACGUUUCAAGAUGUAUCCACAAGGCCGACAUCCGGCGCCCCAUCAGCCCGGCCAGCCUGGCUUUAAAUUCACCGUGGCAGAGUCUUGUGACAGGAUUAAAGAUGAAUUUCAGUUCCUGCAAGCCCAGUAUCACAGUCUUAAGGUGGAGUAUGACAAGCUGGCCAAUGAGAAGACAGAGAUGCAGCGCCACUAUGUCAUGUAUUACGAGAUGUCCUACGGGCUGAACAUUGAGAUGCACAAACAGACAGAGAUUGCCAAGCGGCUCAACGCAAUUUUAGCUCAAAUUAUGCCUUUCCUGUCACAAGAGCACCAGCAGCAGGUUGCUCAGGCAGUGGAGAGGGCUAAGCAGGUGACUAUGACAGAGCUGAAUGCCAUCAUCGGGCAGCAGCAGCUGCAGGCGCAGCACCUCUCCCACGCCGCACACGGGCCUCCGGUGCAGCUCCCGCCGCACCCCUCAGGACUGCAGCCGCCCGGCAUCCCUCCCGUGACGGGCUCCGGAUCGGGCCUGCUGGCGCUCGGCGCCCUGGGGAGCCAGGCCCACCUCCCGGUGAAGGAUGAGAAGAACCAUCAUGAGCUCGAACACAGAGGUGAGGAGACGCCUUUUCAGAACAACUCUAUAUCACCAUCAGAAAGCUUACGCACAACAGGUGAGAAGCACCGCAGCUCCUCUGACUAUAAUGUGGACUCAAAGAAGCGCAAAGUGGAGGAGAAGGACAGCAUGAGCAGAUAUGACAGCGAUGGAGAAAAAAGCGAUGACCUGGUGGUAGAUGUGUCCAAUGAGGACCCCGCCACUCCACGAGCAAGCCCCGCCCACUCGCCGCCCGAAAACGGCAUCGAUAAGCCCCGCCCCCCAAAGAAGGACACGCCCAACAGCCCUGCAUCGGUGGCGUCCUCUGGGAGCACCCCCUCCUCCAAGGCCAAGGAGCUCAGUCAUAAUGACAAAUCCUCCACGCCGGGCCUCAAGUCCAACACCCCCACCCCUCGCAACGAUGCCCCCACCCCUGGCACCAGCUCCACUCCCGGGCUCAGACCCAUCCUGGGCAAACCACCAGGCAUGGAGGCUCUCGCAGCCCCAGCUCUGCGCACUCCCCUGUCCAUGGCGGGCUCGUACCCCUCCCCGUUCGCCAUGAUGGGCCAUCAUGAAAUGAACGGGGGCCUGACGAGCCCCGGCGUCUACGCUGGCCUGCACAUCUCCCCGCAGAUGAGCGCUGCGGCGGCUGCGGCCUACGGACGCUCCCCCAUGGGGUUCGACCCUCACACGCACAUGAGGGCCCCCGGUCUUCCAGCCAGCCUCACCUCCAUUUCUGGUGGCAAACCGGCGUACUCCUUCCACGUCAGCGCCGACGGCCAGAUGCAGCCCGUGCCCUUCCCGCCCGACGCCUUGAUCGGCCCGGGCAUUCCGCGCCACGCCCGGCAGAUCAACACGCUGAACCACGGCGAGGUGGUGUGCGCCGUCACCGUCAGCAACCCCACGCGCCACAUCUACACCGGAGGCAAAGGCUGUGUCAAAAUCUGGGACAUCAGCCAACCUGGCAGCAAGAGCCCGGUCUCCCAACUGGACUGUCUGAACAGGGAUAACUACAUCCGCUCCUGUAAGCUGCUGCCUGAUGGCCGCACAUUGAUUGUCGGAGGCGAGGCCAGCACGUUGACCAUCUGGGAUCUGGCCUCUCAGACGCCCCGCAUCAAGGCCGAGCUCACCUCCUCAGCCCCAGCGUGCUACGCCUUAGCCAUCAGCCCCGACGCCAAGGUCUGCUUCUCCUGCUGCAGCGACGGAAACAUUGCCGUUUGGGACCUGCACAACCAGACUCUUGUUAGGCAGUUCCAGGGUCACACGGAUGGCGCGAGCUGUAUUGACAUAUCCCAUGACGGCACUAAGCUGUGGACUGGUGGCCUUGACAACACUGUUCGCUCCUGGGACCUGAGGGAGGGCCGGCAGCUGCAGCAACACGACUUCACUUCACAGAUCUUCUCUCUGGGCUAUUGUCCGACUGGAGAGUGGCUGGCAGUGGGCAUGGAGAGCAGCAAUGUGGAGGUGCUCCACCACUCAAAGCCUGACAAGUAUCAGCUCCACCUGCACGAGAGCUGCGUCCUCUCUCUCAAGUUCGCAUACUGUGGUAAAUGGUUCGUAAGCACUGGGAAGGACAAUCUGUUGAACGCUUGGAGGACUCCGUACGGCGCCAGCAUAUUCCAGUCCAAGGAGUCCUCGUCCGUCCUGAGCUGUGACAUCUCCACGGACGACAAGUACAUCGUGACAGGCUCCGGCGACAAGAAGGCCACUGUGUAUGAAGUCAUCUACUGAAGCCGACUGCGUUGGACUGGAGCGCGCCCACGCUCGGGGACGGGGGACUCCUCCGCGUCCCCCCCCUCACUCGGACAGCUUGGAUGUUGCCUGCGGCCCCGGGGCGGAUGGGCAGGAAGUUUGGCAGUGCCAGACUGCAAAGACGGCCGGCGCCGCGGUUGGUCCCGUAGGCCGCGAGCUCGGCUCUGCCCUUCCUCACUCAUACAACGAACGCUGAAGCGAGUGCACUUCCCCACGGCACGAAGAAGAAAAUAUCCCGCUGUUUUCCUGUUUGUUGGAUAUUUCUUUUUCUUUUUCUUUUUUUUUUUUUUUUUUAUUCGUCCUUUUCAAUGUGGAGAUAAAGUUCCGUGACACGACAAGAAGCGGCGCUUCGCUGUGGAGCUUCUCCUCGGAGGUUCUGUGAAAAGUGUACAUAAUGGAGUAAUAAAAGGCCUUUUAUAGAUUUAUAUUUUGGUGUCCAGUUACACUUGUGAUGGUUCUUUCUUGUUCUCUCCAUGAUUUUUCUGUUCCCUCUGGGGAUGGAAAUUAGAUUAGGACUUUGUAAGAGGAUAUUCUAUUUCAGUUUUUCCCUCUUCUGCUUUUUUUCAUGUUCGUUGUCCAGGAUGACCUUUCGGAAACCUAAUUUGGAUUUUUUUUCCCCUGACAACUGCCUUUUUUCUUCGCUAUUUGCUGUAACACAGACAUUAGUCCCAUGGAUAUUACCAGUGGAGAAUUGUGGAAAUGCCCCUUUUCAGACUGGAACGAAGAGGAAAAUAUGGUUUCCAGUUACUUUCACCCUUUUGCCCUGAUCCGCAGAAAUUCAUCCUUGAAAUUAAGACCUAUCAAUGAACACUGGCUGCUUUCACUAACAACAUGGAUAACUGUCAGUGGGAGGACUGAUAUGCUUUAUGGAGAAACAGCUGUGACCUGAGCUGAUCAGAUGCGAUCAGCCUGAUCUGUUGACUCGACUGUUGUAUGAAUCAUCAUUUUUCCCACUUAACAAAGAUUAAUCAUCAGUCUGUAAGAGUUCAUUAUUUCCUCUCUUGUUGGACUCUAUGUGACUGAUAUGCAAGACGUACAGGGUUACUCAUAAAGGUGGCAGAGCAGCCAAGAUCCCUUCUGACAUUUGGGCGACGCUCUGUUUUUUGUUUUCCUUCGGUAUUUCAUAAUAUUCCACUACAAUCAUCUCAGACACGAAUGGUCUCCACAUAAACAGACUGUGUAGCUUACAGGUCUCAUCGUCCCUGAGGAUUGUACAGUUGACAGUUGUUGAUAAAUCAAUAAACUGUUUUUAUAUUAAAAAUCA